AUGGCUACUCAUACUCGCCAUGAUUCCCCUAUACCAGCGGCCCCAUACCAGCAGCCUGCAGAGCCAAAGUCAUCCAGGCGCAUAACAAAGAUAUGCUGCGUUGGCGCGGGAUACGUCGGUGGACCGACAUCGGCAGUCAUGGCCAGCAAAAACCCUGAUAUCCAAGUCACUGUCGUGGACUACGAUGCCAACCGCAUUGCUGCAUGGCAGUCUGAUGAGCUACCCAUCUACGAACCUGGCCUCAUGGAGGUGGUCAAGCCAGCGCGCAAUGGCAUCCCCAACAAAAGAGUCCCAAAUCUGUUCUUCUCCACAGAUGUCGACCGUGGAAUCGCCGAGGCCGAACUCAUCUUACUGAGUGUCAACACCCCAACUAAGAUGCUGGGCCAGGGUGCAGGCCAUGCAAGUGAACUGUGCUAUCUGGAGGCGGCUGUACGCCAGAUCGGUGCCGUUGCUCGCGACAAUAAAAUCAUCGUGGAGAAGAGCACGGUUCCAUGCCGAGCGGCGGACACGCUUCGGGAUGUUUUGAGGGCAACCAGCAAGCCUGGGGUUGAGUUUGAGAUAUUGUCGAAUCCAGAGUUUCUAGCAGAAGGCACCGCCAUCUCGAAUCUUUCCAGCCCUGAUCGCGUCCUGAUCGGUUCGCUCAACACACCUCAGGGACUAGCUGCAGCGCGAGCACUUGCCGACAUCUAUUCUGCCUGGGUUGAUGUGGAUCGCAUCAUCACCAUCAACUUAUUCAGCUCAGAGUUGGCCAAGCUUGCAGCAAACGCAUUGCUCGCGCAGCGCAUUAGCAGUGUCAAUGCAAUGAGUGCCAUGUGUGAGGCGGUGGGUGCCGACAUUGACGAAGUCUCAUAUGCCGUUGGACUUGACAAGCGCAUCGGCCCCAAGAUGCUCAAGGCAUCUGUCGGUUUUGGUGGUUCAUGCUUCCGCAAGGACAUCCUAUCCCUGGCAUACAUUGCUGAAUCCCUGAAUCUGUUCGAAGUUGCCGCUUACUGGAGAUCGGUCGUCGACAUAAACGAGUAUCAGAAGGACCGAUUUACCCGCCGCAUCGUGCGAUGCUUGUACAACUCGCUCUCCAAUAAGACGAUUGCAAUCUUGGGCUUUGCAUACAAGAAGGAUACAGGGGAUACCCGGGAAUCAGCCGCCAUCUCAGUUGUGAACAACCUUCUCGCCGAAGGCGCCAACGUCAAAAUCUACGAUCCCCAAGUAAAAGAGUCUCAGAUACGGUACAACAUUGAGAGCAGUAACCCGAACCCACGCGAGACCAAGAACCGUCUCGCCGUCUGCACAUCUACCUACGAGGCGUGUACCGAUGCUGACGCUGUGGUCAUUUUAACUGAAUGGGACGAGUUCAGCAACAAGCUCGCCCGACCAAACGGACAUAUAUCGUGGACACGUGUCUCACAGGUGAUGCGACGGCCAAUGUACGUCUUUGAUGGGAGGAAUGUAGUCGAUCCUGUGCCUCUAGAGGCCCUUGGCUUCCGCGUCGAGAGUAUUGGUAGGUCUAGAGAGACCUACACAUGA